AUGGCCCCGCGCCCGUUCAUGGCUCUGUGGGCUCCGCUGCUCUUCGUGCACUUUCUGGGCUCCUCGGCCGAGCUGCUCCUUCUCAGCACUUUCCCCUCCGCGCAGCCCACCAACAACUUCAUCCUGGACGCGGCUGGCCGGCGCCCGAGCAACAUCUCCCUGCAGGCUGCGCCGUUCCCCCCGCGCAACGUGGUGCCCAGCAUGCUCAACGUUGCUGCCAACCAUGCCAACGCCUCCACCGUGGGGCUGCUGCUGCGGAGCCCCGGCGCGGACACCCGGCUCCUGGUCGGGGCCACCUACACCGGCUACGGCAGCCAGUUCUUCACCUGGAACCAGAGCGUCGCCGACCACCGAUUCGAGAACAGCCCGGAGAUCUCGAUCAGGGCCCUGAACACCACCUUCCCCUCCCACCUCUUCACCUUCGACAUCAGCCCGUCGGACGACAACAUCUUCAAGGUCAAGCAGAGCAGCAAGAGCCGCCACCGCCUGGUCUUCAUCCGGGCAUUCCGGCAGGGAGGCUUCGGCUACCUCGCCAUGAACUUAGAGCCCGCCCCCGCGGGGAAGGAGAGCCGGCCCAGCAGCGUCAUCGCGCGCAUCUGCCUGACGCUGGAUCCGCGGGGGGAGCCCCGCAAGCUCACCGAGUCUUACAUCCAGCUGGGCCUGCGCUGUGAGGGGCCCAAGGGAAGCCUGUAUGGGCGUUUGGUGUCGAUUUUCGCGGAGCCCGGGAGGAUUUUCGGGGUGUUCGAGGGCCGGGGGGAUACGGCGCUCUGCGCCUACCAGCUCGGGGACGUGGGGAAGGAGAUCCGCGAGGCGCGGAACGGUUGCUUCGGGAAACAGGACCACGGGGAGGUGCAGGUGCUGGAUAGUGUGGUGCAAGGCAGCGGGCCCAGCUGUGAGAGGAGGAACAUCAAGCUGCAGGAAGAACAGAUGGAUUGUGGGGCCGCGCAUCUCCAGCACCCGCUCACCAUCAAUCGGCCUCUGUCUGCCACCCCGCUCUUCAAGGCUCCCGGACUGACCUCGGUGGCGGUGGCCAACGUUAGCGGCUACACGGUGGCCUUCCUCGGCACGGCUGGCGGGCAGCUUCUGAAGAUAACUCUGGAUGUCGACAUGAAAAUUGCGAGCCGUCAGUCCCUUCUGAUAGCGAGAGGGGAGCCGGUCCACCACAUCAUGCGCUUCGAUCCCGUGAAUCCCACCUACCUCUACGUCAUGACCACACAUCAGAUGGUGAAAGUAAAAGUGGCGGAUUGCGACAAGUUCCAAACGUGCGCGGAGUGUCUAGAAGCCGCCGAUGCCUAUUGUGGUUGGUGCACGAUGGAAGCCAGGUGCUCCAUGCAGCAGGAGUGCUCCAAUUCUGAAGACAACGCUUUCUGGACCAGCCCAAGAGGAGGGGUGCAGCAGUGCCCAGCGGUCGGGAUUAUCCCUGAUAGAAUCGACAUCACCUCGGAGACUCAGACAAUCCUCCUCCAAAUCACAGGAAACCUCCCCCGUCUUGAGUCAAUGAACUCCUCUUGCGACUACGGGAAUGGCGUUCACUUGCCGGCCAGGAUUGUGCAUGACAAUGAACAACAGUGGGCUCACUGCUCCUUCCUUCCACAGGAAAAAUUUCCAGAAUUCCCCACAAACGAAGAUCAUGUGAACGUGACGCUGGGUGUCACCGUUGGAGGGAUCCAUAUCGCCGAGAACAAUUUCGUCAUCUAUGACUGUGAGAGGACCCAGAACAUCCAUCCUAAAACCUCGUGCACCAGCUGUGUGACAUCGGUCUGGCCCUGUAUCUGGUCUGUGAGCCAACACAAGUGUGUCUCCAACAGUUCCCAGCAUGACUCCGUUGUCCAGGUUGCAACAGACUGCCCCCAGAUAACCACCACCUACCUGCCCCCCACCCCGACCGGGACCCCCACAGAGUUCACCCUGACCUUGGCCAACGUCAGACAGGAUCUCAGGCUGGAAUGUGACUUUGGACCAGGACAGACCUUCCCAGCCAAGUGGUUGAAUUCUUCCUCCGUCUCAUGCAGCAACGUCUGGCUCCAAACUUUGGAAAGUAGCCGGAAAUUUCCAGUGAACUUGCAGCUGAACAAUCCUUCUGGACGGUUCCUGGACAAUCCUGGUGCAGUGAGCGUGGAAGUGUACAACUGUGCAUCAGAGCCCACAGACUGUUCCCGCUGCCUCGGACGCACAGAUUUAGGGCACCUGUGCACUUGGAGUGAGAGCAGCGCCUCCUGCAGGCUGAACAGUUUUUUUAUUAGUAAAGGAAAAACUAGUUUGUUGCAGAUUUGUAGUUGUAGCUUUCUGCGUCUCUCCCCUCAGAUUGAGCCGGCGAGCGGGCCGUUGCAGGGCGGCACUUUGCUUACAAUCCUCGGACGCAAUCUUGGCAGCCGCUUCAGUGACAUCGCGGACAAGGUGAAGAUCGGGGACGUGCCGUGUACGCCCAUCGCGGACCGAUACCUGGUGUCACAAGAGAUCGUAUGCAUGACGGGGACGUCUCCUCGUGAGCUUAGCGAUUCGGUGACCCUGGAUGUCAAUGGAGCGGGACACUCAAAAGAGAAGUAUUCCUUUAUGGUUCCAAAGGUGGAUUCCAUGUUCCCAAGUCUCGGGCCACGAGCUGGAGGGACCAAAAUGACCAUUACCGGGGACCAGCUUGACAUUGGCGGGGACGUGCGCGUCCUGUUUGAUGACACCCUGGAAUGCAGAGACCUUGCACGCACGGAGAGCAGCAUCCAUUGCACCGUUCCAGCAAUGGAAUCCCUUCCCAACAUGAAUGUCACAGUUUGUGUCCAGUUCGAAAGACGCUCUUGCUUAGAGGGGAAUUUCACUUUCCAAUACAAAGAGAACCCAGUGAUCACAAACAUGGAGCCCAGAAGCAGCCAUGUAAGUGGAGGUCGAACCAUCACUCUUACCGGAGAACGAUUCAGCCUCGUUCAAGAUGUGAAGAUAAAAAUUCAACACCAUAAUGGAGGACAAAUGAACUGCACAGUUAUCAGUGACACUGUGAUCACCUGCCCUUCCCCCACUGGCCCCAACACGACUCUGGAGAAAAGAAACAUCAGCGUGUCCUUUUACGUCAACGGUGCCUAUGAGAUGUCCGAUGUGGAACAAAGAGAUGACCCAACCGAGAAGGGUUCCCUAAACAGCAGGUUCAGCCUGGAAUAUCAACCGGACCCCAUGUUCUACACCGCCCAGAAGGAGAAGUUGAUCAAACACCAUAUUGGAGAACCUCUGACUCUGGUGAUACAUAAAGAACAUGAUGACCUGGGUCUAAGGGAGGAUGAGUAUCAAGUCAAGGUUGGUCAGACUCCAUGCGAGCUGAUAGUUUUCAACGACAAAGUCAUUCACUGCACCAUCAACGGGUCCUUGGAUACAUCAGAGCGAUACCUACCUGUUACCGUACAAGUCGGUAAAUUCAACCAGACCAUCAGCAUGCUUCACCAGGCCGGCAUAGACACGUCAGUCAUUGUGUCCGUCAUUAUUUGUGGUAUAUUGUUGCUGCUGACCGUGGUGGCUCUGUUUGUCUUUUGCACCAAGAGCCGGCGAGCCGAGCGCUAUUGGCAGAAAACGCUCUUACAGAUGGAGGAGAUGGAGUCCCAGAUCCGGGAGGAGAUCAGAAAAGGAUUCGCUGAGCUGCAGACAGACAUGACGGAUCUGACCAAAGAGCUGAACCGCAGCCAGGGAAUACCGUUCCUGGAGUACAAGCAUUUUGUGACCCGCACCUUCUUCCCCAAGUGCUCCUCCCUGUAUGAAGAUCGCCUCAUCCUGCCCAUGCAGAACUUCAACUCCCAUCUGGGGACCCCGGUGCCAGAGACCCACCCGCUGCUGUGCCCCGACUGGAGGUUUUGGUGUAACCUGGCCUCUUUGCUCACUAUCGCCCUUCAUGGCAAGUUGGAGUAUUACACCAGCAUCAUGAAAGAUCUCCUGGUGGACCUCAUAGACUCGUCAGCCUCCAAGAACCCCAAGCUGAUGCUUCGCAGGACGGAGUCGGUGGUGGAGAAAAUGCUGACCAACUGGAUGUCCAUCUGCAUGUACAGCUGCCUCCGGGAAACAGUGGGAGAGCCUUUCUACUUGCUGCUGUGCGCCAUUAAACAACAAAUCAACAAGGGCUCCAUAGACGCCAUCACAGGGAAGGCACGGUACACCCUGAACGAGGAAUGGCUGCUGAGAGAGAACAUCGAGGCCAAGCCUAUGUUCCUCAACGUGUCCUUCCAGGGCUGCGGCAUGGACUCGCUGAGCGUGCGCGCGUUGGACACGGACACCAUCAGCCAGUGCAAGGAGAAGAUUCUGGAGGCUUUCUGCAAGAACCUGCCCUUUUCACAGUGGCCUCUGGUGGAGGACGUGGAUUUGGAAUGGUUCGCCUCCAGUUCCCAGAGCUUCAUCCUCCGAGAUCUCGAUGACACGUCGCUUAUGGAGGACGGAAGGAAGAAGCUGAACACGGUGUCGCAUUAUAAGGUCUGUGACGGAGCUUCGCUGGCCAUGAGCUUGAAGGACCAGAGAGAUAACACAUUGGGGCGAGCGAAAGACCUGGACACAGACAAGUACUUCCAUUUGGGGCGGGGUCACACUUUCUUGGCCGCACGGUCAUUUCUCUGCUUUCUUCUCGGACUUCAGGGAACUCUGCAGAAAUUCCUGGAUGACCUGUUCCGGGCCAUCCUCAGCAUCCGGGAGGACCGGCCGCCUCUCGCCAUCAAAUACUUCUUCGACUUCCUGGAGGAGCAGGCGGAGAAACGCGGAAUCUCCGACCCGGACACGCUGCACAUCUGGAAGACCAACAGCCUUCCUCUGCGUUUCUGGGUGAAUAUCCUGAAGAACCCCGAGUUUGUCUUCGAUAUGGAAAAGUCGGACCACAUGGACGCCUGUCUGUCCGUCAUCGCUCAGGCCUUCAUAGACGCCUGCUCCAUCUCGGAUAUGCAGCUUGGAAAGGACUCCCCCACCAACAAGCUGCUCUACGCCAAGGAAAUUCCAGAGUAUCGGAAGAUUGUGCAGAAAUAUUACCAACAGCUGAAGGAGAUGAGCCCGCUGAGCGAGCAGGAGAUGAACGCGCACCUCGCGGAGGAGUCGCGGAAAUAUUACAAUAAAUUUAAUACCAACGUCGCCGUUGCCGAGAUUUACAAAUACGCCAAAAAGUAUCGCUCGCAGAUCGUCAGCGCUCUAGAAGCCAACCCCGUCACCCGACGCGGCCAGUUACAGCACAGGUUCGAGCAAAUGAUUAUCCUGAUGGAGGACGAUAUUUACACAUGUAGCAGCGAGGCCUAGGAGUGCCAGGUGGGACCCCUCCACCCGAAUCGGUGAAUCUGGGAGCGGAGUCUGCGAUGAAGACAUUAA